CUCUGCCUCGUCUUCUUCUUAUUCUUCGUUUCUUACUCUGUUUUUUCAAAAAAGAAACUCAAUCUUCAGUUUAGUUACGAAUAUGUAUCUGCGUAUGUGUACAUCUCUGUUUUCUUAUUAACUGUAGAUUUUGACUGGAAAAAAAAUGAUUUUGGAUUCAUUAUUGAUGGGCUCACCGUAUACGUUUUGUGGGAACCAACUGAUCUCUGUUUAAUGGUGAGCUUGACGAUGGAAGAGAAGCAAUUGGACUUCAACCGCCCGCUUCUAUCAGUUAGACGUCCCACACAAGCUUCAGAGCCCGAGAUCAAACCAAGAUCUUCCGAUCCAGUAACCAACAAGGUCCCUCCUCCUUCGUCUCCACCGGUUUACAAGUCUGAUAUCAAGUCAGGUCCCGUAAGGAACCCAGGAACCGUCCCUUUCCAAUGGGAACACCAGCCUGGAAAACCAAAAGACGAAACCAAACCGGGUUUACAAAGCUUCGUUGAGCCACGUUAUGUGCCAAAGCUUCCUCCUGGGAGGGGUAGAGAAGGACAAGUAUCAUCAGUGAGGAAGCCUGAAACUAGAUUCGAGGAUACUUAUCUUGAUGCAGCUGAUACGCUUUCGAGAUCUGAGUCGUUUUUCUACAACUGUAGUAAUGUGAGUGGUCAUGGUGGGACGGUGGUAGAGCCUUUUGGAACUUUAUCGAGUGAUAGACAGACGCAGGAUCUAAUGAUGGGGAGGUUCUUGCCUGCAGCUAAGGCCUUGACUUCAGAAAUACCUCCUAAGGCAGAGGAACCGGUUAAGGAGAAACAGAACAAAGCUGGGGAUAAUCAGAUUUGCUUCAGAAGCUCUUUUGGAGUGUUGAAUCCUGUUCCGUCUGUGAGGAUGCAGGCGCAGAGAGCUGUUUCUGUUCGCCGUAUGCGUUCUAAGUAUCUAGAUAGUUCUAAUGAGCCUGUGAACGAAGAUGAGAGGAAGUUGAGACUAAAUGGUUCAGUUGCACAAGGUGGGUCAUUACCAGUUGAAAGCUCUUGCACUUCACGCACUAAGGUCAGCAAAAACUUUGGUGAGCUCUUGGCUAGUGAUGAUAACACAUGGAAACCUUCUUCAGAGUCUCCUGUGGCUGAGAAAACUCUGUAUGUAGAUACUGUGCAUUCACUAGACAAGAUGGUACAAGAAGAGUCCAUGGAGCAAUCUUUACUUACAGAAGAAGUGCAGAACUUGAUUAGACCCGGUGAGGAAAGUGUUAUAAGAGAUGAGGCUUUCACUGAAUGUACUGAUCAAGCUAUUGUUGCACUGCCAAAGUCCAAUGUGGUUGUGGAGGUUACAAAGGAGAAGAUUGAUCUUGAAGCCAAUUUUCAGAGAAACACAAGGAAUCUUGAAAGUACCAGGCUUCACCAACGUUCAAGUUAUCAUAUUGUGCCACCACCACCAUUACCAAAAGCUCCUUCAGAUUCUUGGUUGAAGCGUACAUUGCUUACAAUCCCACCAAAGAACAACUCAUUCACAUGGUUACAGUCUCUUGGAGCUGAUGAUAAUAAGAUUAAUCAAGCAAGUCCCAAGUGGGAAACUAUGGUCAAAACCUUCAAUACACAGCAAGGGUUUGUGUGCUUCUCCAAGGAGACACUCAACCCUAUACCAGAGGCUUAGCAAGACCUGUAUGUUUUCCACACCAACUUACUUGUAAAUUUCAACAAUAAAGAUGGGAUGAGCCAAUAAAGUUUGGGGAUUUUUAGUAUAAAUCAUGAAAUAAAAGGGUCCUAAAUGAGAAAAGCUAUGAAUAUAGGUGUGGGUUUGUUUCUUCUUGUUGAAGUCAUGUACAGCUAACAGAGAUUUUGUGGCAAUAAUACUCCAUAAUUCCAUGUGACA